UCAGCUAGGCGCCUGCCGAACUGAAGCAUGUUGACGCCUUAUGUGAAUGUCACAAAUCUUUAUUCAAUCCGCAAUAUUUUGCAUUAUCGUUAGCAUAUUAUCACAAGGUCACUAGGGAUGUGAAUUGAUGUGUACUUCAGCUGUAAGCUACCAACGAAAGUUAGCCUACAAAGCUGGUUGCUACCGGUGUGUUCUAGCCUGUGUGGACAUUGUUUUGCAAACGCUAAUGAACAUUUUCUACAUGCCACACUGCAUUAUUCAAGUGUGUUAACUUCUGUGCAGAAUGAGUGGAGCGCUUACAUGAUGCAGCCCAGACUCCCAGUGGUUCCUCAGGACAGGUUAGAGCUAGCAAUGGGUAAGCAGUCACGGCACUGCUCUCGCGUUAUAAGGGAACUAUAAGCUGGGCUGCUGUACUCAGAUUAGCAUGUAAGGCUUCUAGAGAAUGCCAGAGGAAUGUAUGACAAUGACUGAGGCCUGGUGACUCAUGAUAUCCUUGGUCAAAUUCCACAGCUGAUUGUGGUUCCUCCACUCUCUGUGACACCUUUGUCAUUACUGGCGCUAACAGAAUACUCAGCAGUAGUUCUCUCACUCUCGAAUGGAAUCUCUCUCCAGAAACAAUGUAGAGCAUUUCUCUCUGUAAUGGAUGAGUUAGCCAUUCUUUUUCCUGGCAGUGAAAAUAUGGGCCACCAAGAGAGCACUGUCGGUGUGCUGGCUGUGACCCAGUGAUGGAGCUUCAGGGUCACACACAGAGCUGACAAUGGCAUUCUGUCCCCCUACUGCACACACACGGAGUGCUCUGACAUCACAUCUGCAGCCCUCUGCAAAGAGAACCUGCCCUGCCUGCCUGUCCUGUGCCAAACGGGUACAUUGCCUUAGCAGAGCAGAGGCUAAGCUGGAGCGCCAACAAAAGAUGAAACUAUUGACCUGUGACUUAAUCCUUUAAUCUCCGCUAUGGUGUUGUGCAACCUCAAAUGCAGAGGAUUUAUCGUUCUGGGGAAAGGGCAUGGUUUUAUGAUGGUGACCCGGCCGCCCCCUCUGCGAUGUGCCAUGAAUGCCCAUCAUGCUCUUGGUGUGUGUGCUCAAGCUUUAUGUUUGUCAUAAACUGCUGCAGUCUGUUCUAUACUAUGUUAUUGUGUGCUGUGCUGCAUGUGUUUUCCAUUGGACACUGGGCUGUCAUCUCAUGAACAGUACGGCCUUUUGAGCAUUUAAAGAGGGAGGUGAGGGAGCUUGCGGGCGGUGCCUGGAUGGAGGUGCAGUAAAAUGCUGGACGUCCACGAGUCAAAGAGCAGCUUUUCAACAGCAACCAGCUCCAUCAGGCAGUAAACGCUUUAAUAUGCUGCUAAAUAUUUCUGAGAGAUUGGAUGUUGAUUAAAAAGCGAAACGUUUUUAAUUAUAACUCAAAUGUUAAUGCCGUCCCAAGUGAAGAAAAUGUUUAGGCUUACGCGAGGAGAACUUCUAAUUGACUGAACUAAAGCUCCACUCUUCCAAUUUAGAAUCUUGUUUAUUUUUCUUGACUUUUAGCACUAAAUGGGCUUAACUGCUGUUGUGUCGUUGGGUGUCAUUUGAUGUUAUUGUAUGUCAUCAAUGCCCAACCGGAGCUGCCUAGCCUGAACCCUGUCUCCAUUUAAAAUUCAUGACAUUCUAACUCUGCAGGGAUUUCUGAUCAUGCUUUGCCCACCCAGGUAAUUCCUUUAACUCAUGCUUGGGCAACUUCAGCUUGUUCUCAUUUUAACACACUUCGGUUGCGACUUAAUUGAUUAGUUUUUGUCACAUACACCGGAUCGGUGCAGUGAAAUGUGGUGUUUUACACGGUCAGCCAUAGUAGUACGGCACCCCUGGAGUAAAUUAGGGUUAAGUGCCUUGCUCAAGGGGACAUCGAUAUAUUUAUCACUUUGUCUGCUCGGUUAUUCGAACCAGCGGCCUUUUGGUUACUGGCCAAGCGCUCUAAACGCUAGGCUACCUGCCGCCCUUGGAAGAGUGCUUGUGCACAGUCAUUUGUGAAGGGGAUGAUAUUGGAUUUACAAAUACACCAUAUUGAGCUGGAACUCAAAAUGAAGACACAGCAGUCUCUUGUUUUAUUCAGGUAGAGUCUCUAUACAUUAUAAUUGCAGGAGGAUUUAGAAGACGUCCUGAUAAUGUGAGUUUGCUGUAGCUUCUGACGACACUGGAGCGAAACCUCUCUGGUCCUGAGGCAGUGCUUGCGCCAGCGCCUCCUUAGCUUGCUGCCUGCCUGCCCCAGAGCCAGGUUCAGAAUUUAAUUGUGGCUUAUUGGACAGGAUCUGGGGAAUGCUGAUGAGGGAAAGACUCUCAAUAAUGCCACAAACGGUCCUCCUGCCAGUGUGCCUUAAGUGGUCUAUUUGUGAUUCAGCAUGCAUGCUCUCUUUCUCUCUCCCUCUUCCGCUCCCUGUCUGACUGCCAGGCUGGCAUGGAGUCGAGCUCCCACGGGGUGAGUGUGUUAAUGCGGGCCCCCAGGCCCGGGGACCAGGGUAAUUGGGUUCGCAUGGUCGGUGUCAGGGCACCACCACCGCUCCCUACACAAAGGCCACCUCCCAGCCAAGCUGUUCAGGACAGAGAGACAAACUCCUCAUCACUGGUGUAAUUCAUUGGAAAGGCUUAUUGAAUUACUGGAAUGGUGUAUGUGCUUUUUGUACGAGGGCCUGCUGCAGAUUGCACAAUGAGCUGAGGGCCUUGUUUGCCUGCCUGCUUGCGUGUUCAGCUCUCUCUCAGCUCAGACGCUUGGCUCUGAACACUACCGUGAAUAACGGCAGACGGCUGAGAAAAUCUGUAUCCCCAAAUGGCGUAAUUACUGCAGCUUCCAUUCAGAUAACCUCUUGUUUCCAGUGCCUGUUUGACCAUGUCUGCAUGUAGGGGUCACAGAGCCUGUUGUCUGCGUUGUGACAGCCUGGAGGCUGGAGCUUUUUGGCUGGGCCUCAUCCGGCCCUGACUGGAUGGGCUGGUGUCUGCUGCAGCUUAAUGUUGACAUGCAUGCACAUCCAUGUAGACUGUUGAUUUGUCUGGUUUGUUUGAUACUAAGUGAUUGGAGCCCCCUCAAUAGUAUGUUAUGCUCAUAGCAACAAGAGUGAAGGUGGUCAUUUCUUUGCCUGCUUGCCUUUUUCAGGUCCAGUGGGUUUAAAAGAAACCCAGCAUUAAGUUUUGCAAUGUUGACUAGUCUCUUCCGCCUGGCUAUGUGUAGCAUUAAACUGACCCAUACACCACACAGUGGCACUCUCCUCUAAUUGGAAGUAUAAUUCUGAACUAUGAUGUUCAGCCACUGGUGAGGUGGGAACAGGGGAAUCGGAGAACCCACCUCCCCUGCAAUAUACUGCAUUAUAUCGUUGGCUACUUCACUCAAUCACCAGACCCAACGAACAUAAAACAGGUUCUCAACACUAAAACAGAACUCGCCACCACAAUCCUACCCCAUACACACACUGUUAGGACCGCUGUCUGAAAAUAGCUGCUGUCUCAGAGCCCGGCUUGGCUGUGGUCUUCAAUAAGCCGAACAAUGUGCUCAGCAGUGUGAGCAGUGAAGUGAUAAUUGACACAUCCUAAAAAUUCAAGAAGGCUGUUGUUAAUGUUCCUUCUCUUCCUCUGAGUGGAUUUAACAGAACCACUUUAAGACUUUAAUUGACAAGGAACACUGCCAUUAAAGCCGUUGCCUUGGCACUGCCAUGACCUACUUUUUAGUUUUUUAAAGAUGAUGAGACCCACUUGGGGCGUUCAUGCGGCACCAUUACAAAAGCUCACGUGGAAUCACAAUGGCCAGCCGUGUUGCUAUUUUAGUUUCUGUUUAAAAAGACAUAAGUCCUCCAAUAAGCCCUGUGCCUCCAGGGCUGGAAAAAGUGAGGAAUCUCUCUUUGUCUGAAGGGCAGGUGAGCGUGGUUCCCACCCCUCCCUGUUUAUCCCCUUGCAUAUCAGUAGGAAAACAUGGGCUUCUCCAGCGCUGGAACCAGGCUGUUGAUAUGGAAGGUAUGGCCAGGGUUUCAGUGGAGAGAGAUGAUGCCAAAAGCUUGUUACCAGGUUACAUCACUGUUGUUGUGAGUUGUGUGCCAGAUCUUCAGGCGUAGCAGAGGGAGCUCGCAGAGCCAUUCCUCUCUCCGUCGCUACCGUCACGCUCUCCUCACACACACCAACAGGCCAGGCUGUGGGCAGUAUUUAACCAUCAUUGGUUUCACUCAGAGACAGCUAGAUCGCUGAAGCCCUGAGCUGGGGGAGCCCUGUCCUCAGCCUCCACUCAACUCACCUGGCUUGCAUUUUACCCAUCAACCCCCUUCUACCACGCAGACUCGCCGCAGCCCAGCCUGUCGUCACUAUGACGUCGGAGCUGGAGAGUAGUCUGACCUCCAUGGAUUGGCUGCCUCAGCUGACCAUGCGGGCAGCCAUCCAGAAGGCUGAUGCCCAGGGGCACCACGGGGGGCUGGGCAUGGGCAAGAAGAGUGCAAUGCUGGACCCCAACACCACUCUGGACCAGGAGGAGGUCCAGCAGCACAAAGACGGCAAGCCGCCCUACAGCUACGCCAGCCUCAUCACCUUCGCCAUCAACAGCUCGCCUAAGAAGAAGAUGACCCUGAGUGAGAUCUACCAGUGGAUCUGUGACAACUUCCCCUACUACCGGGAGGCAGGCAGCGGCUGGAAGAACUCAAUACGGCACAAUCUGUCAUUGAACAAGUGUUUUCUCAAAGUGCCUCGCUCCAAAGAUGACCCAGGAAAGGGCUCCUACUGGGCCAUCGACACCAACCCAAAGGAGGACGCCCUGCCCACACGGCCAAAGAAGAGGCCGCGGUCCGGAGAGCGGGCUUCCACACCGUAUACUCUGGAGUCAGAGUCUUUGGGAAUGGACUGUAUGAUCUCUGGAAGUGCCUCUCCAACUCUGGCAAUCAACACUGUGACUAACAAGGUGGCAUUAUACAACCCAGACCAGGAUGGGAGUGACAGCCCAAGAAGCAGCCUUAACAACAGCCUGUCUGACCAGAGUCUGGCCUCCGUCAAUUUAAACAGUGUGGGCAGCGUGCACAGCUACACACCGGUGACUAACCACCCAGAGCCGGUGUCUCAGUCGAUGAGCCUCCAGCAGCCCCUCCAGCCCCAGUACAACAUGCCAGAGAGGGACAAGCAGCUCCUCUUCUCCGACUUUGAAGAUCUCAGUGCCUCCUUCCGCAGCCUUUACAAGUCGGUCUUUGGGCAGUCCUUCAACCAACAGGGUUUGAUGGGCAUGCCAACGGAAUCGUCCCAACAGACCCACACCUCCUGCUCCUAUCAGCACUCACCCAGUGGCACCAUUAGCACCCAGAACAGCCUGACAAACAACCACUCCAGCAGCGGUGGCCAGGUGCCUCUGUCCCACCCUCCCCAUCUCCCUGGCCAGAACGCCCACCCGGGCCACGGCUCGCCCCACACACAGCACAUCUCCCAGCACGGCCCACACAACCAACACACCCAGCACCAACACCCACAGCACCCCCAUCACCCUGCACACUCCCAGCAUGGUCCGCACCCAUCACAGCACACGCCGCACCCCUCCCAACACGCACAGCACACCCAGCACCCCUCCCAACACUCACAGCAGCACACUCAGCACCCCUCCCAGCAGCAGCAUCAGACUCUGGCUCACCAGCCCCAUCCUGCCCAGCAACAGAUGGCCUGCAACACGGGUCUGCCCUCUGACUGGUACCCAAAUCUGGACGCACUGAAAGAGAGCUGCCGUAUUGCCAGCAGUUAUAACUGGGCUGAUGUCGACCUCUCACCUUUUCAAGGACUGAAGGAGAGCAUGAGACUAGCAGAGCAGAACAACUGGGCCCUGGAGCCCACACAGAUCGCAGAUCUUUGCUCAUCUAUCAACCAGUUCUUCGCCCGCACCGGUGUCAUUCAGCCACAGGGGGCAGUGCAGUCCGUACCCGUAUGCCAUGGCUCCAUGCACCCCAACAAGCCCAGCCAGCACAUGGCCACAGGAAAUCUCUACAUGGACUCAAGACAGAGCAUGUCUAUGAUGGGCCCCCCAGGAUACCCCCACAUGCCCCCAAUGAGCAGCGCAGGUCCCACAAUGACAGGACACCAUGCGCAGAUGAACCAGCAGCACAUGAUCUCUCCCAGAAACUUCCAGAUGCACCGCAUGCCAGCUGAUGACAUCCAGGAUGACUUUGACUGGGACUCCAUUGUCUAAUGUUAGAUGUUCUGCCCCUAAUAAGGAACGGUCAGGUGGUGCAGAGCAGGUGGAAGUAGGAGGAAGAAGCCAGGCUGAGCUGUACGCUCUUGCGAGGAGACUGAUUGUUGCUGGUGGGAUACAGAACAGAAGAGCAGGUGUUGUUUUGGGAGGAUAGAGGGAGAGACUUCAGAGUGCUGCCAUUUUUACAAACAAAAUGAAGCAUACAAAAUAAAUCUUACUUUGAAGACAAUCAUAUUUACUAGGACAUGUUUAAGUGGUGGCUUAUGUGCUUGUCUUGACCAGGCAGGUAGCACACGUUCAUGUCGAAACAAAUCCUCCAGUCCUCGUUCCUCAGUCAGCCCUCUCCCAUCCCCCUCCCAGCCAGCAGCUUUCCAAAGUUCCCCCAGCUUCCUCCGUAACUGUUGUGUGAUUUGAGCGACUUGUUCCGCUUGUUAUCCUUCUCGUGUUGACUUUAGGCCUCGGCUGCCUCUUGGAUGAGUUUCUCUCUUUAUUCGUUUUUAUUAUUUUAUGGAAAACGCAGGCUGCCUGUGGUGCUUGUUGGUUUUCUUUGGGUGGAUGAUGGAACCCCAAUAGUGGGUGUAUUGGUAGGAAGGUUAGGAUCCCCAAUAGUGGGUGUAUUGGUAGGAAGGUUAGGAUCCCCAAUAGUGUAUGUAUUGGUAGGAAGGUUAGGAUCCCCAAUAGUGUAUGUAUUGGUAGGAAGGUUAGGAUCCCCAAUAGUGGGUGUAUUGGUAGGAAGGUUAGGAUCCCCAAUAGUGUAUGUAUUGGUAGGAAGGUUAGGAUCCCCAAUAGUGGGUGUAUUGUUAGGAAGGUUUACAAUAACUGAGGGUAUGUUUUGAACAGGGUGUUUUGCAUUGAACUAGGCUUCACAUAAAGAACACAAAUGCUUUAUCAUAGAGCGUUGUCCUUUAACCAACACAUCUGGCCCAUUUCUUUUUUUUAAGCUAAUUGUGUACAUUCAGAAACAUUACCGGCAGUAUUUGUUGUGGUUUUGUGUCUAUUCUGUUAACAAUGUCAUACCUUUAUCUCCAAUACUCCAAGACUGAAACUGGUAGAUGAAUUCCAGACCUCACCCCCCCCCCCCUCCCUGUCUGGCUUUUUUUCCUUUGUCACCUAAAGUAGUCUCAUUCUCAAUCACUACAUCCUUCCACUGGUCCCGCAAUCAAUGAGAUUGAUUAUAAUUUCCCUGUACUAGUGUAUUAAGGGAAUAGUUUGUAGUUAAUACACAAAAUGAAUGAGUACAAGUAUACACCUGUAGGUGUCUUUUCAUAUAUUAUACUCUGUGUACAUGCAGCACAAUGAACUGUAGGAUAUUUUCCUGUUAUCUUCUGAUGCAGGAAAUGUACUGCUAUAACUUAAUUACUACAAACAAUAGGAAUGUUCUUCAUUCAGAUGCUAUACAUCCGAAGUCAUCAGAACUGAUCUCCCAAAUAGCUAGCUGUGAGACUUGCAGUGUAAGUCUGCCUUGCACUGCAAGGCAGAAAAUAAGCUGAAAUACCAUAUAAAAAGGAACGAGGUGUGUGUGUUUGCCCUAAAAUUACAAUCAUCUGCAUAUGCUGUCAACGAGCACAAAACAGAUGCAGAAAGAAGAGAUGAAAGCAAGGGUUCAAGGCAGAUGUGCAUUUUGCAGGUAGGGUUUCUUAUGUUGAGAAAUGAGCUCUGCCUGGUCAACAACCAGGUGGAGAUGGAGGAUGGGAGACUAGAGGUUCUGGAAACACUCCUGUCCUCUCUGUCCCUCUUUGUCGUCUUAAUCAGACUGGCCCUGAACGCCCAUCAUGGUGCUGCGUUAAACCUGUAUGGGAGCUUUGUCUGGGUAGAGCACAGUUCAUCUUCCCUUUUUCAUUUGUUCCUCCACUAUUGGCCCUUAGAUAAACUAAAUCUUUGGCUGGAUUUUGUUUUACUCCAUUUCUGAAAAUCAUGACAUUGUUUUGUAAUAUCACAUAAACACCGCUGGGGCCAGACACCAAUAUGUCUCUUGUGACAGUGUACAUGUGUAGAUACUGAACCGCCAUUGUCCUUUUGAAACAGGAGGCAGAAGACAAGAAGGGAAGCUUGGCUGGAGCUAGUGCGAGCUCUUCUCACAGCUAGCUAUACUGCCAGGCAUAUCUGCAAGGUUUCACAGAUCUUUUAGCAGCCAGUUCGUUAAUACUGCCCAUUGUUUUGAUCUUAAAUGUUUUUUUCUUUCUUUUCCUCCAUCUUUUUCCUUUUCUUACUUCUGCUACUUUUACCUGUACCGGAUUUUCGGUUAGGUUCAUUGUAUUUGAAAGCGUUGUGUGUGGCUGAUUGUCCUGCCUGUGGAUACCCAUUGAGUGUUUAGUCUUUGUUUAAUGGCCAAAAUCAGUCAGUCAGCCAGCCAGCCAUUUAAAGCACAGUCUGAUUGCUCAUUCAGUUAAAAAGCCAAGAUCACUUAAGAUUGUCAAUCAUUGAGCCCUUCAUUAGUGAAGGAUUACUACUUUAUGGAGAAAAGAUCAGUGUAGUGAUUUUUAAUUGACCAUUUGAUUGCUAGUUGAAGUCAGUGUGGGUGCUGCAGACUCUGGGACUCACCUAAGGAAUGGGUGUUUUGAGGAACACAGUGAGAAUAUGGAUAUAAAAGUGAUAGGGAAGUCUUGGCAGCCCAUGGUUUUGUAUGUUGCAUUUCAUCACUGGUAAUGAUGAAGGCACUAAUGAAAAACUCUCGGACAGCCUUAGGGUAUGUAGUAAAUCCACCCCUACAGCAGAUGGGAUGGGCUGGAAAGAGCUCAUGUAUGUGAUUAGAGGUAAAGAGGAAGGGAAAGACGAUGACUGGAUCACCCUCUUAACUGUGUGUGUGUGUGUGUGUGUGUGUGUGUGUGUGUGUGUGUGUGUGUGUGUGUGUGUGUGUGUGUGUGUGUGUGUGUGUGUGUGUGUGUGUGUGUGUGUGUGUGUGUGUGUGUGUGUGUGUGUGUGUGUGUGUGUGUGUGUGUGUGUGUGUGUGUGCGUGUGUGUGUGCGUGUGUGCGUGCGUGCGAGUGAGUACAUUUUGUUUAAAAAGACAAUUCAAUUUUUUAAAUACUGCUGGAGAUGUACCUGCCAGAGAGAUUACUAUGAUAUGAAAAAAGAAAAUAAGCCUUGUUCGCUUGUUACAUUAUGGAGAAAACUGCCAAGAAGUACUGCUGAUUGAGGCCUAUUUUAUUCAGUGCUGGUGUGUUGUUGUGCUUCUUGUAAAUAAAUGUCUUUUCAAUCAUCCCUUUUUCCUCUUGGGGGCGGGGCAUCAAGGCAAGGGGUUGGUCUUACUCAUGAGAGGGGAAAGAAUAGAGUAUUUUGUUAUUGUCCAAUCAGAGGGUGAGACCGUAUGUGUAUAUAUCUAUAUUGUAUAUAUGUGAUGAAAAUGUGUUGGCUUUUUGUGACACUACCUUUUACCUGUACUAUGGUUCUACAUUCAGUGUUUCAAUGUUGAUAAUAUAUAUUUUAUGUUUUUCAGUUUUUGAUUUUGUCUUUGUCAUUUAUUGUAUUUGUUUUCUUUUUCUCCUUUUUGUCCUCUUGGUUAUUGCACGGUUUAUUACUUUUGCUGUUCAAUGAGGUGAUACAGCUACUCUUUGUAUUGGUUUAGUGCUGUAAAAUAACUUGUUAUUAGAGUUGUCGAUACCACCCCCAUCCCCAAUAUGCAUGAAUGGCACUUAAACAAAUAAAAUGUUAACUUCACUGUGGAA